GAGCGGUUCCGGCUCGGCCCCUCCCCACGGUCACGUGCACAGCAGGCCCCGCCCACGACCUGCCCACUCCGUCUCUGAGAUUCCUGCGGACUCAGCUAAGGCCGCUUCGGCCACUUCGGAAGACCCCGAACCUCAGCGUCCGGUGGAUCAUCGUGGUUUGGUAAACUUAGCCACAAAAGGCAGGCUCUGCCCUUGGGAAGAUAAUGCUAGCCUCUCCCAGGCUCAGCCCCUGAUGGCGGCUCCAUGUCACCCAUGCCCAGCCCUGUGAAAGAAAGGUCUGGGUCAGGCCAGAUCCCCCAGCCUGGACAUGGCACUAGACACAUGCUGCUGCUCUGGCGUGGCCCUGAGGAGGCGGCUACCCGUCCUGGCCUGGCUGCCUAACUACUCCCUGCAGUGGCUGAAGCUGGACUUCAUCGCUGGACUCUCCGUGGGACUCACCGUCAUCCCCCAGGCCCUGGCCUAUGCAGAAGUGGCUGGACUCCCACCCCAGUACGGCCUCUACUCUGCCUUCAUGGGAUGCUUCGUGUAUUUCUUCCUGGGCACCUCCCGGGACGUGACUCUGGGCCCCACGGCUAUCAUGUCUCUCCUGGUAUCCUUCUAUACUUUCCAUGAGCCCGCCUAUGCUGUACUGCUUGCCUUCCUGUCUGGGUGUAUCCAGCUGGCCAUGGGGCUCCUGCAUCUGGGGUUCCUGCUGGACUUCAUCUCCUGCCCUGUCAUUAAAGGCUUCACCUCCGCUGCCAGCAUCACUAUUGGCUUUGGACAGAUCAAGAACCUGCUGGGAUUGCAGAACAUCCCCCGGCAGUUCUUCCUCCAGGUGUACCACACCUUCCUCCACAUCGGAGAGACCAGGGUGGGCGACGCCGUCCUGGGACUGGCCUGCAUGGUGUUGUUGCUUGUGCUGAAGCUCAUGCGGGAACACAUGCCUCCCCCGCACCCGGAGAUGCCCCUUGGCGUGAAGUUCAGCCGUGGACUCGUGUGGACUGUCACAACAGCUCGCAAUGCCCUGGUGGUCUCCUUUGCUGCCCUGAUUGCUUAUGCCUUCGAAGUGACAGGAUCCCAUCCUUUCCUUCUGACUGGAAAGAUCGCUGAGGGGCUCCCUCCUCUGCGGACUCCGCCCUUCUCAGUGACCACAGACAAUAAGACCAUCUUGUUCUCUGAGAUGGUGCAGGACAUGGGGGCCGGACUGGCUGUGGUGCCUCUGAUGGGCCUCCUGGAGAGCAUUGCUGUGGCCAAAUCCUUCGCUUCUCAGAAUAACUACCGGAUUGAUGCCAACCAGGAACUGCUGGCCAUCGGCCUCACCAAUGUGCUGGGCUCCCUUGUCUCAUCUUACCCGGUCACGGGCAGCUUUGGGCGGACAGCUGUGAACGCCCAGACGGGGGUGUGUACCCCUGCAGGAGGCCUCGUGACUGGUGUGCUGGUGCUCCUGUCCCUGGACUAUCUGACCUCACUCUUCUACUACAUCCCCAAGUCUGCCCUGGCUGCCGUCAUCAUCAUGGCUGUGGCCCCGCUCUUUGAUGUCAAGAUCUUCAGGAGGCUCUGGCGAGUUCAGAGGUUGGAUCUACCACCACUCUGCGUGACCUUCCUGCUGUCCUUCUGGGAGAUCCAGUAUGGUAUCCUGUCCGGGACCCUGGUGUCUUUACUCAUUCUCCUGCACUCAGUAGCUAGGCCCAAGACCCAGGUGUCGGAGGGACAAAUUCUUGUUCUCCAGCCUGCCAGCGGCCUGCACUUCCCUGCAGUUGAUGCCCUCCGAGAGGCAAUAACGAACCGGGCGCUGGGAGCAUCCCCACCACGUUCUGCUGUCCUGGAGUGCACGCAUAUCAGCAAUAUAGACUACACCGUGAUUGUGGGACUCAGUGAGCUCCUGAAGGACUUCCAGAAGAAAGGUGUCGCCCUGGCCUUUGUUGGCCUUCAGGUGCCUGUGCUCCGAACACUGUUGGCCGCUGACCUCAAGGGGUUCCGGCACUUCACCACCCUGGAGGAGGCUGAGAAAUUCCUGCAACAGGAACCAGGGACUCAGCCCUACAGCAUCCAUGAAGACGCUGCCCCAGAGGACAGGAGCUCCCUGCUGAAGUCUCCCUCGGGCCUCUGAAGAGCAGCUGGUAUAGGAAGGGUUUCUGGAAGGUUCUGCCACCGUGACUUGGAGUCACCUGAUAGACUCACCAACCUGGUGGGACUGAAAGGGUGCUGCAUAGGUGGCUCUGGGGAAGAGCAGGGAGCCAUGCGAGAUUUCCAGGGUGUCACUUUCCUGCUGUCCCCUACCUGUGAGUAUUUGAGGGCUGGGCUGGCUGGACAGUCUUCCAGAGAGAGAGAGAGAGAGACCAAAAGAGAUAGCGGGGACCCAUGGCUUCUGGCCUGGCCUGGCAGGGUAAGCUGGCACUUUGAGAUCCCAAAUUCUUCUUUGGAAUCAGACACUACCAGAGAAGAGUCAAGAGACUGAGCAACUCAGAGAUGUGUCUGACCAUGUCCUGAAGUCUAAUCUGAGCUGAAGAGCAGCCAUAGUGUGCUACACAAAGUCAAUGCUGUUUAAAAUCAUGUGUUUUUAAAUGGAAGUCACUUUGGUGGUUUUUCUUUUUCAACACAGGGUUUCUCUGUAUAGCCCUGGCUGUCCUGGAACUCACUCUGUAGACCAGGCUGGCCUGGAACUCAGAAAUCCACCUGCCUCUGCCUCCCAAGUGUUGGGAUUAAAAAAGGUGUAUGCCACCACCGCCCGGCUCUUUGGUGGUUUUGUAAAGCAAAACCAAAAACAUUAGUGCUUACUGAAAAAAAAAAAAUCCAAGAACUCACUCAUCCCCUUCGCUCUCCUCUUCAUCAGAGGUCCCCUGCCCAGGACAGGUGUGCAUCUGUCAGUGUGUACACACGGUGCCUGCCAUCUGUCAGCAUGUAUGCACGGUGCCUGCCUUCUGUCAGUGUGUACACACGCACGGUGCCUGCCGUCUUGUAUGAAGAACCAAAUCACUAUAUUAAGGUGCUUUGUGGACUGCCUUCAUGCAGUCAUUAAUUGUGAAUUAUUUAUUGUGAUAAUCAAUGGCAUUAAAAUACAAGAUUAUUUUAUUUA